AAUCUAAACCUUAGGACCCCCCGGCACCGAGAGCCGGAGGGCGAUGCUCGUCGGUAAUAAACGCGGCCCCCAGGACGCACCUCGGGGCUUAUAACGGGGGUACAGGCGGUAUUAAUCAGGUUUUUCACGCCUGCAUGUCGCCAGAGGUAACCAAUCAUAAAAUCGCUCACAUCAAUGCCUAGGACUACAGCGCACAAUGGUGCUCGCAGUGAGCGGCUCUCACACAAACCCGCACGCCCUGCUUGACUGACAGCUGAGCGCCCAAUCGCGGCGCGCAGGGGCCCGGCUGCCGCCCCGCUCAGCCAAUGGGCGGCGGCGCAGCCCGGGUCCAGCUGAGGUUAGGCUGUUCCUGCAGCCUGCCUGAGCUAAACUUCACCAAAUAAUAGCUGUUUGUAUUUUGGCUGCUGCAGUAGCCAUUUUAGAUGUGAAGAUUAGCGAAGUCUGUGACAUCAUGAAAAUACAAAAGAAGGAAAGGCAGAUGUCCACCGCCCAGGUAUUAAAGCACACUCCAGCCACAGCAGCCGCAACUGCCACUGACCAAAACGCACAAGUUACAUUUCCCAGCAGCCCACACGGGUCACCGGACCAGCCCAGGGCCCCCGGGGGGCUGACCAAUCACUGCAUGGCCCACACCAAACAGCCUUGCCUGGGGGAGCAGGGGGUCAGCUCAGGCGGCCUCAGCCCCGCCCCCACGCCCCCCCUGAACGGCGAGGAGGACGAUGAUGGGGGUGGCGGCUCGAGGGUGAAGAAGAAACGGAAGAAAAAAGAGAAGAGGGAGACAGGCGCUUGGGCGAAGGCCGAGAAAGACGCCAAACCAAAGAAGAAGAAGGAGCAGAAGGAGGGCAGGGAGCCGCGCAGGACGAAAGUGCCCAAGGAGCCCAAGAAGGUCAAGGAGCUGAAACCACCAAAGGAGCCCAAGAAGCCGCGGGCUCCCCGGGAGCCCCGGGAGCCCAGGGAGCCCAAGCCCCCACGCGAGAAGAAGAGUGCCCCGUCCCCGCAGAAGCACCGUGGACGCAAGGCCGGCAGAGAACAGGGCCCCUCGCCACCGGAGAAAAAGAAGAAGGGGAAGAGGAAAAGCGAAGUCCUGCAGGAGGCACUGGAGAGCGAUGAGACCGUGUCGCUGUCGGCCCCUGGCAACGAGGAGACCAGUGACUCUCUGGAUGGCACGAAGCGGCGCUCGGGGCGGCAGGUGAAACGCAGGAAGUACAAUGAGGAUCUGGACUUCAAGGUGGUGGACGACGAUGGGGAGACCAUCGCGGUGCUGGGGACCGGCCGCAUCCCUGCGCUGUCCUCCUCCACGCUGGCCUGGCAGGCCGAGGAGCCCCCAGAAGACGAGGCCAACAUCAUCGAGAAGAUUCUGGCUGUGCGCGCAGUCAAGAGAGAGAUCUCUGCAGGAGAGCCGUCUCAUGAGAUGGAGGAGUUCUACGUCAAGUACCGGAACUUCUCCUACUUGCACUGUAAGUGGGCCAUGCUGGAGGAGCUGGAGAAGGAUCCCAGGAUCCAUCAGAAGAUCAAGCGCUUCAGGAACAGGCAGGCCCAGAUGAAGCACAUCUUCACCGAGCCGGACGAGGACCUGUUCAACCCUGACUACAUCGAGGUGGACAGAGUCCUGGAGGUCGCGCACACCAAGGACACCGAGACUGGGGAGGAAGUCACACACUACCUGGUGAAGUGGUGCUCCCUGUCCUACGAGGAGAGCACCUGGGAGCUGCGAGAGGACGUGGAUCCCGGGAAGAUCAGGGAGUUCGAGGAAAUCCGGAGGAUCCCCGAUCUGAAAGCAGUGGAACGCCCGCCCCCGGAGCAGUGGCAGAAGCUGGAGAAGUCCCGGGAUUACAGGAAUGGGAACGAGCUGCGGGAAUACCAGCUGGAGGGCAUGAACUGGCUGCUUUUCAACUGGUACAACAGGAAGAACUGCAUCCUGGCGGACGAGAUGGGGCUGGGCAAGACGAUCCAGUCGAUCACCUUCCUGUACGAGAUCUUCGUCAUGGGGAUCCGCGGCCCCUUCCUCAUCAUCGCGCCGCUCUCCACCAUCACCAACUGGGAGCGGGAGUUCCGCACCUGGACGGAGAUGAACGUCAUCGUCUACCACGGCAGCCAGAUCAGCCGGCAGAUGAUUCAGCAGUACGAGAUGUACUACAAGGACGAGCAGGGCGCCCCCCUCGCUGGAAUGUUCAAGUUCCAUGGGGUGAUCACCACCUUCGAGAUGAUCCUGGCGGACUGCCCGGAGCUGAAGAAGGUCCAGUGGCGCUGCGUGGUGAUCGACGAGGCGCACCGCCUCAAGAACAGGAACUGCAAGCUGCUGGAGGGGCUGAAGCUCAUGAGCCUGGAGCACAAGGUGCUGCUGACCGGCACGCCGCUGCAGAACUCUGUGGAGGAGCUCUUCAGUCUGCUCAACUUCCUGGAGCCCCAGCAGUUCCCCUCCGAGAGCAGCUUCCUGGAGGAGUUCGGGGACCUCAAGACCGAGGAGCAGGUCAAGAAGCUGCAGGCCAUCCUGAAGCCCAUGAUGCUGCGGAGGCUGAAGGACGAUGUGGAGAAGAACCUGGCGCCCAAGGAGGAGACCAUCAUCGAGGUGGAGCUCACCAACAUCCAGAAGAAAUACUACAGGGCCAUCCUGGAGAAGAACUUCACCUUCCUGGCCAAGGGGGCCAACCAGCACAACAUGCCCAACCUCAUCAACACCAUGAUGGAGCUGCGCAAGUGCUGCAACCACCCCUACCUCAUCACAGGGGCAGAGGAGAAGAUCCUGGAGAGCUUCAGGAAGACGCACAGCCCAGACGCUGCUGAUUUCCAGCUGCAGGCCAUGAUCCAGGCGGCUGGGAAGCUGGUACUGAUCGACAAGCUGCUGCCCAAGUUGAUCGCCGGCGGACACAAGGUGCUCGUGUUCUCCCAGAUGGUGCGCUGCCUGGACAUCCUGGAGGACUACCUCAUCCAGAGACGGUACACGUACGAGCGCAUCGAUGGGCGAGUGAGGGGGAACCUGCGGCAGGCGGCCAUCGACCGCUUCUGCAAGGCCGACUCGGACCGCUUCGUCUUCCUGCUGUGCACACGGGCGGGCGGCCUGGGCAUCAACCUGACCGCCGCCGACACCUGCAUCAUCUUCGACUCCGACUGGAACCCCCAGAACGACCUGCAGGCCCAGGCCCGCUGUCACCGGAUUGGCCAGAGCAAGGCGGUGAAGGUGUACCGGCUGAUCACGAGGAACUCGUAUGAGAGGGAGAUGUUCGACAAGGCCAGCCUGAAGCUGGGGCUGGACAAGGCCGUCCUGCAGGACAUCAACCGCAAGGGCAGCCUCAACGGGGUGCAGCAGCUGUCCAAGAUGGAGGUGGAGGACCUCCUGAGGAAGGGUGCCUAUGGGGCGCUGAUGGAUGAGGAGGAUGAGGGAUCCAAGUUCUGCGAGGAAGAUAUUGACCAGAUCCUGCAGCGCCGCACGCAGACCAUCACCAUCCAGUCCGAGGGCAAGGGCUCCACCUUCGCCAAGGCCAGUUUUGUCUCCUCUGGAAACAGGACGGACAUCUCUCUGGAUGACCCCAACUUCUGGCAGAAGUGGGCAAAGAUUGCUGAGCUGGAGAUAGAUUCGAAAGCCGAAAAGGAGAGCCUGGUGAUCGACACGCCGAGGGUCAGGAAGCAGACGCGCCACUACAACUCCUUCGAGGACGACGAGCUGAUGGAGUUCUCGGAGCUGGACAGCGACUCGGAGGAGCGGCCGUGCCGGACGCGCCGCCUCAAUGAGCGGAACCGCCGCUACCUCCGCGCCGAGUGCUUCCGGGUCGAGAAGAACCUGCUCAUUUUUGGCUGGGGUCGGUGGAAGGAUAUCCUGAACCACGGGCGCUUCAAGUGGCAGCUGACGGAGAGGGACAUGGAGGUGCUGUGCCGAGCGCUGCUGGUGUACUGUGUGCGGCACUACAAGGGCGACGACAAGAUCAAGAGCUUCAUCUGGGAUCUCAUCACGCCCACCAAGGAUGGCAACAACCAGGCUCUGCAGAACCACUCUGGCCUGUCCGCUCCAGUGCCACGUGGGAGGAAAGGGAAGAAGAUGAAGAACCAGAUAUGCCAGCCAGAGAUGAAGAAUGCAGACUGGCUGGCAAGCUGUAACCCAGAGGUGGUCCUGCAUGAUGACAGCUACAAGAAGCACCUGAAACAGCACUGCAACAAGGUCCUGCUCAGGGUGCGGAUGCUGUAUUACUUGAAGGCAGAGGUGCUAGGGGAGGCCGCAGACCAGGCUUUAGAGGGCGUACCGUCCAGUAAACUGGAAGUGGUGCUACCAGAUAUUGACUACCUGGAAAUCCCUGCAGACUGGUGGGACGCAGAGGCCGAUAAGUCUCUGCUCAUCGGGGUUCACAAGCACGGCUACGAGCGGUAUAACGCCAUGCGAGUGGACCCCAGGCUGUGCUUCCUGGAGCGAGUGGGGAUGCCCGACGAGAUGGCCCUGUCAGUGGAGCAGGGGGGUGGAGAGGGGACAGCUGACAUCACCGACAGGGCUGAGGUCGGCAAGGAGGAGGACCAGAGACAGGCGGAGGCAGGCUGCGCGCUGGAGCAGGCCGAGGAAGAGGCAGCCGUCGGUAACGAUGUCUCGGAGAAAGCUGAGACUGCUGCUCCCGCCCAGGACAGCGCGGAGCAGGAAAGAGCCGUCUGGCCAGUGGGGUCGGCCUUCACAGCCCGGCUCAGGCGGCUGAUCACGGCGUACCAGCGCUUCACCCGCAGGGAGCCCCUGCGCCCCGACUUCCUGCUGCCAGGCGAGGGCGCCGGCGGCGUGUGGCCAGUGGGGGAGGAGCUGCGCCGGAGGGCAAUCGAACCCGACCCGCUGUUCCUGGAGAUGCAGAAGAGGUGGACCCGGCGCGAGCAGGCCGACUUUUACCGCACGGUGUCGUCGUUCGGCGUGGUGUACAGCCCGGAGAAGAAGAGUUUCGACUGGACGCAGUUCCGCUCCUUCGCGCGGCUGGAGAGGAAGACGGACGAGAGCCUGGAGCUCUACUUCUGCAGCUUCGUGGCCAUGUGCCGCGCGGCCUGCCGCCUGCCGCCCAGGAAGGAGGAAGGGCCGCUGGACCCGACCCUGUUCGUGGAGCCGAUCACGGAGGAGCGCGCUGCGCGAACGCUCUACCGGAUCGAGCUGCUGCGCAAGGUCCGGGAGCAGGUGCUCCGGCACCCCCUGCUGGCCGAGCGCCUGCAGCUGUGCCGGCCCAGCCUGUACCUGCCGGUGUGGUGGGAGUGCGGCAAGCACGACCGCGACCUGCUCAUCGGCGCCGCCAAGCACGGCCUCAACCGCACCGACUACUACAUCCUCAACGACCCCCAGCUGUCCUUCCUGGAGGCCCACCGCAACUACGUGCAGAAGGAGACCCAGGGCCAGGCGGGCGCCAGGGCCGCCGCCCACCACUGCUGCCUGUUCGAGGCGGGCCUGGGCCACUGCCCCUCGCCGCCGGUGGACUUCGCCGGCCUCAUCCACCCCGUCACAGGCCAGAUCAUCAACGGGAGCCUGCGGCGCGACGACGCAGUGAUGCGCAGGAGGAGGGGCCGCAGGAAGAACGUGGAGGGGCUGGACAUGAGGUUUGCCAAGAGCAGGAGCCUGCAGACCCCGGAGCAGAGCAGCCAAGAAGGCACAAAGCCGUCGGCGGUGUCCAGCUGUGCUCCGACUGACCACCCGUCGCCGGCGCCCUCGCAGCCCGACAGCCUGCUCCUGGACCGAGAGGCGGCAAACAAGAGCCUGCUGGAGUGGCUCCGCCAGAACCCGAACUACACCAUGGAGAUGCCUGGCUUCUCCCCUGCCCAGAGCGUGGGGAUCCUGCAUGGCUUCGCCGAGCGGCCCAAACAGAGGCGCCACCGCUGCAAGGACCCCAGCAAGCUGGACGUGAACUCGCUGACCGGCGAGGAGAGGGUGCCAGUGGUACACAAGGGCACCGGCCGCAGGAGCAAGCCGGAGAGCACCCUGCUGCCCCCCAGGCUGGAGCAGCUGGGCGCCCUGGAGCAAGAGGUCAAGGAGGAGGUCAAGGAGGAAAAGCCCCAGAUCCCAGCUCUCCUGGGAGAGGGCUAUACGGAGGAGCCCCCGUUCUCCACCCCCCUGGCCACGUGCGAGGUGCCGGAGAGCCUGCAGGAGGCCCGCGAGCCCACCAUCGCCCAGCUGCUGCAGGAGAAGGCGCUGUACUCCUUCUCCGAGUGGCCCAAGGACCGCGUGAUCAUAAACCGCAUUGACAGCAUCUGCCACGCCAUUCUGAAGGGGAGGUGGCCCUCCUCCAGCCAGCAGUUCGACUCUCCCAGCUCGCUGUCGGCGCCCCCUCUGCCCAACAGCGCCCCGAGGAGUAACUACAUCCCUGCACGGGUGCAGUCAGCCCAGAGCCUGAACUUCGGCCUUGGGGCUCCCGUCUCCCACCUCUCCAAGGAGAGCCUGGGGGGGGUGCACUUCCUGCCCGAGCUGAAGAGGAGUCGUCGGGCAUUUGAGUACGAUGGCGAAGGAGGCGCCAAGCCGGGCCGUCCCGAGAAGAUCCCGGUGGCGCACAGGGGGUCUCUGGUCCUGAACGGCUGGCAGGAGGCGGCCAUGGACCUGCUGGGGGGCGCUAUGGCACCAGCAAUAAAGGAGCUGUCCCGAUGGCUGGAUGCCAACUCCGAGUACGCUGUGGCUCCCGACUGGGCAGACAUCGUCAAGCAUUCUGGGUUCCUCCCGGAAGGCAAGUUCAACCGCAUCCUGACGGAGCCGGUCUCCCGCGACCCAGGCCCGCGCCGGAGAGGCCGGAGGCCCCGCAGUGAGAUGGCCAAGGCGGCGGGGAUGAUGGCCGACUCGCCCUCCAGCAUGGGGCCGCUCUUCAUGAACGGGCUGAUCGGCAGCAUGGACCUGGUGAGCCUGCAGAACCUGCGCAACGUGCCGGGGAUCCCCCUGGCCGGGCUCAUGGGGUUCCCUCACGGGUUUGCCGCCGUGCCCGCUGGGGAGGACGCCAAGAAUGGCCUUAACAUGCUUCCCAUGAUGCUGCACGGCAUGGCAGCGGUCCAGCCUCACAUGUUCAGCGUCGGCGGGCUCCUGAGCCAGCCACCCAGCACCAGCCCGUCCUCCACCUCUGCCCCGGCGCCUCCUGUGGCCACGGUCAGCAGCGCAGGAAGUGGCUCUCCUGCUGCCUCCAGCCCAGCUGCCAACGAGGGCUCUCGCAACGAGGCCACGGCCUCCUGUGCAGGAGUGGACAGGGAGGCGGGAGACGCGCAGGACAGCCUGGACGCCAGAAAGGAAGACAAGCUCCCAUCAGAUGUAACAACGAGCUCGGCCUGUGUCAGCAGCAGCCGUGCGGAGCCCGUGGUCACCACGUCGACGACGACAAGUGGACACUUGGCGUUUAACCCCUUCCUGAUCCCAGGGAUGUCCCACGGACUGCUUUACCCCCACAUGUUCCUCCCCCACGGGAUCAGCAUGGCCCUACCCAGCAUGCCGCAGGCCGGCCCCGCUGAUGGCUCCGGCAGCCCCAAGAGGAGGAAGAGGAAACUGCGGGAGGAAGGAGGGGCGGAGACGGGCGCGGACAGCAGCCUGCAGACUGAGGGCGCACCCCCUGAGCAGGCCAGCGAGCGCCAGACUGAGGCCGGGGGCGAGGCGGAGGACAGCACAGAGCAGACCUCAGCCGAGUCGCCGGGGAGCCCUGCCGCGAAGGCGGAGAAGGAAGUUGAGGAGCUGGAGGAGGAGGAAGUGGUGGACAGGGAGGAUUUACAAUAGACCUUCCCCUGGCCUACCUCUUUGUACUGUGCUACCAAGUUACCGGUUUGUGGUUGUGUAGGUCAGAGAUUUUCAUGUAAAGUCUUUUAUUAUCCACUUAUUAAUGUUUAUAGAUCUCCUGCACAGUACCAAACUUGUGAUUCUUACUAUAGCCCCAUCCCCUGAAUGCCUUGGAAGGAAGACGGAAAGAGAAUAAAACACUAAAGGCUCUGUGUCGGAGGCAGGAGGGUGCUGGGGUGGGUCGUCGAGAGGCGCGCCCCAGCUGGGACCCUACUGAGCAGGGGUGCAGCGCGGUGCAGGAGGGCGUCCUGCCGCGGUUCGGGAGCAGCUGUGCGGCUGCAGACCCCACAGUGUCUCGGGGGGUAACGAUGGUGUCAACAGGGUUCUAGCAUUCUUGCCAUGCUUCUGUGUGUCCGGGUUCCAGAAGAGCUCUGGAAGGGAGGCGUACCCUUCAAGUCUGGUUAAAGAGAAAGGCCUCUGUGAAAAUAAGAAAACAGUCGAUAACAGGACCCCGAGACAGAUGAAUAGCAUAUUUGCUGCUAAUAAGUUGUCUUUCUGGGCAUCUUUGUUCUUGCAAGGUUGGUUUAGGAUUUUGCUGCUACGGGAAGUUUUUUUUUUUCAGAUUUUUUUUGGGGGUGGGUGGAGAAUUACAAAAUUCCCAGGUUCCUUAAAAAGUACCACGUAGAAAAAUGAUAUUUUAGAAGCAUUUUAACAAAUUAAGCUGUUUGCUGAAACCAACAGCAAAGAACAAUCCUUGGUUGCUUUUCUUUUCUUUUUUUUUUUUGCUUUUCUGGUCUUUUUGCAAUGACACUUUUAAAAAAUGUUCUUACAGUUGCUAAGUUGCAACAGACCAUGUGCGCUUACAUUGCCCUGCAGGCAGUGUUCAGACAGCUGUCUCUGUGUCUGGAGGCCACUGGAUUAGUGCCAUAGGGUACCCCUACCCUUUGAGGGCCAGAUGCUUGCAAGUGUUUAAUUGUUGCCAGCUUGGGACCUAAGGAAAGACUGCUGGUGGUUCAAUUGAUUGAAUUGUUCUGUAAUUAAGAGCUCUGUGACCCUCAAAGACAGAAUUACAGUUGUCACAGCAGCGG